AUGGGCGCGGGCCGGCGCAGGCCCCGCCGACCCAGGGGAGCGCGAGCGGCCGGGCAGGUGGACGCGAGGCCUGAGGCGACCCGCCGGCCGCCGGUGCCCUCCGCCCCGCCCCGCCCUCGGUCACCCCUUCCCUGGCCGGGCCGGGGAUGCAGCCUCCGCGGCCGCCGCCACCGCCCCCGCCGCCGCCGCCCCCGCCCCUCCGGAGCAGCCUAUGGAGAGCUCCGCCCCUCGCCGGCUGCCGGGGCGGCCGCCGCUAGCGUAACCCCGCCCCGAGUGUGGCCACGCCCCCUCCCGGGCGCCACGGAGCGGCCCCGCCGACACGGGACCGCCCACGGGACCGCCUCGCCAGCAAGCCCCGCCUCCUCCGGGGCGCCCAAGGGCAGAGCCCGAGGGAAGAAGGGAUUGGAAGGCGGGAUCCCCAGGGAUCGCUUUGGGGGCGUGUCCUUGAGCGGAGCGGGCGGCCCGAGUGGUGAGUGCGCGGGGGGCUCCGGAGCAGAGAAGGGUCCCGUCUGUGGUUGGCAUCAUCCUCCCAGCAGCGCCCCGGCCUUCCUGGUGCCCGGAUCGGUCCGCAGCUCCUCUGUCCCCGAGAGUGGCACCAGGUUAAAAACUGUACAAGGAGUUGUGACGAAGAUCUGUAGUGAUUACGGCUUGAUUGAUGAGUUGAUCUAUUUCAGUAGUGAUGUUGUGACUGGCAAUGUCUCUCUGAAAGUUGGACAAGAAGUCAGUGUCAUUGUGGGAGAAGAUAAAACAUACGGAUUGAAAGCGAUCAAAGUGGAUGCGCUCUGUGAUAGUUGCCAUGGCAAUGGACCCUCAAACUCCUAUGCUAGAGUUUCAUUUGGCAGUAUUUCAUCUGUAGUGGAAGGUGCUAACUACAUUGAUCACGCAACUUACUUCUCCCUAGAUGUCAUCUGUAAAGGUUUCGAGCCUUACCAGGGGGACCGAGUAGAAGUUGAGUUUUGCACCCAGUCGGACAUGUUGAGCAGAAAGGCCCUCUCGGUGAAGCCUCUGAGACAUAAGCAUGUGCAUGAGGUCUGCAUUACUAGCCUACAUGGAAGAAAUGGGGUGAUAGAUGAUAGCAUCUUUUUCACCUUGGAAUCUCUGAAGCUGCCUGAUGGUUACACACCUCAGAUAUCUGACAUUGUUAACGCUGUCGUGGUGGAGAGCAGUCAGUCCUGCUACACUUGGAGAGCGAUUUCUAUGACUCCAGUGAAAAGGCGGUAA